AUGUCUCACAACGUUCCCGCAGGCACACAGCAAGUGGCAAGCAUGGACGUGAAAUCUUUGACAGCAGCGGAUUCAAACGGCAAUGGUCAGCUCUCUCCUGCUUGUAGAGCCAAAGAUACCAAAAUGAAAGCUGGCAAUCCCAAAAUGAAUGGGGAAAAUCUCGGAUGGAAUGGGGAAAAUCUCGGAAGGAAUGCGGACUCCAAGGACUCCCGCCAAACGAGCAACGGUGACGUCAGACUGGCCGGUGUGGAGGAGUACGACUACGUGCACCUGACUGUCUAUGACCUACACACCAGGGCCAAAGGUCGCCUCAUCCGAGCCUCCAUGCUGCCUCAGGUGGCCAGUGCAGGGAUGGGCAUGUAUGCAGGAAUCUGUUUCACCGCCAUCAACGGCCUCCUCACCAAAGACGGUUUCGGGGAGAGACACAGGUACGGCAAUCUGAACAUGAUGCCGGACAUGUCCACUCUGGCGCCGUGCCUGGGAGUAACCAGUGGUCAGAGGCGGAUCGGACAGGUCAUCUGUGACAUGGCCCACCUGGACGGGACCAAGGACCUGACGUGCCCGCGAGUGGCCGCCCUACACCAGCUGUCCAGGCUCAGGGAGCGCGGGCUGACCAUGUUGUGUGGUGUAGAGAUGGAGUUCACGCUCACAGACCUCGCCACGGGCCAGGGGUUCGGACACACCAACCAGUUCACAGACAUGAACGUUCUCUGUCACAGCCAGGACCUGUUGCUUGACUUUAUGGAGGACGCCCAGGAGAUGGGGAUUUCCCUGACCACACUACAGGUGGAGGAGGGGGUGGGGGCGUUUGAGUUCACCACUGACCCCAUGACGGGAAUUGAGGCCAUAGACGUAACAGCCCGCCUCCGAAACGCCAUGGACGUGUUCUUCAAGUCCCGCGGCUACCAGGUGUCCUUCAUGACCAUGCAGACACUCGACCCCGGGACGGCCACGGUGCAGCAGCUGAACCACUCGCUGUGGACGGCAGACGGACAGAACGCUCUCCACGACAGCUCCGACCCACAGGGACUCUCCAAAGUGGCGAGACACUGGCUAGCGGGGCUCGUGCAUCACGGACCGGCGCUCACGGCGUUUGGCCUGCCCACCGUCAACUGCUACAGCUCUUUUGUACAGCUGGAGAUGCCUCGCGUGACCCCGCAGAUACCACGUGACCUGAGGACGGCGCUGUCAGCCCUACAGGAGGACGCCGUGAUGGUGCAAGCCCUGGGGCCAGACUUGGUCCAGCGGUUUGUCCACUGUAAGACCACUCACGAGAUCCAAGUGCUUCAGACUCGCGUGGGUGACAGCCGGGAAGAAAUCUUUGGCUGGGAGCGUGACAUGUACUUUUCUCGUGUAUAA